CGAAUCUUUCGCUCUCACUUCUUUCUCCUCUAUCUUUUCCCAUUUGGUUGCUUUGUUUUCGGAAUCGUUUCAAUUCAGAAAUGCUCCCAAUAAAAUCUUUUUCUUGCUGGGAGUGGAUGACCAGUCUGAUAUAUUGGUUAAUCCAAUGAAAUGUAUGACGCAGAAUGCGAAGAAUUGGAUUCUGUACUCUUUUCGCAAAUAAUGCUAGACUGAGGCUUUUGCGAUUGUCAGAGGCAGCAGAGAAGCUUCAAAAGCAGGCAGCUGUAAGUGUUCAAAAGGGGAAGGAAAAUGAUGCGAGAGAAAUACUUUUUCAGAGGAAGAAGGUCUUGCAAGCUUUGGAGAAGUCUAAAACCCGCAUUGAAUUGCUUGAUGAACUUUUUACAAAGCUUUGUGAGGCAAUAUCUUUGAAAGAAAGUCAACUAAUUGGGCAUGUUUCAUUGAAUAUUGAAGGCAAAACAGAAGACUCUUCAAGUCCAGUUCGAAUCAUUAGUCCAAAGGAAGAAUGUGGCAAGGAUAUUACUGACAAUGACUUGGAUUUUAAUGUGAUGAAAUCUGUUGAUAUUCAAGAUGUGCAGAUUUCUGCGGAAAGUCAAGGGGAUUCAUUGAGUGACAAGGAGACUGGGGAUCUUCAACAAUCCAUAAACAGUGCUUGUUAGACGAAGAUAAAAAACUAGCGCUUGACAGAAAUUUCUUCUUAUGAGGCAUUAAUGGGGCACAUAGAUCAAAAGCUCAGUGAAAUUGAAGUCGAACUUAUCACCGCUCUGAAAGCCUCAAACUUGCUGUUGGAUGGUGUGAGAGAGCCAAAGAAUUCAAGGUGGCAACAAAUGGUGGAACUUCUUGAGAGCAUCCAUGGGAUCAGACAGAGAAUCAGAAGCAUUGGGAGUCAAAGUUAAGGAUCUGAUCACAUUUUCUGUUUUGUUCAAUUCAUCUUCUGCUUCCAGGCUAAAUGUUCUGGCUCUUGGAGUUCAUAACCUUGGCUUCUGAGAUCAUCAAAUUUUACCUCCUCGUAACCUGCAAUGUAUCUUGUCCUGGCUAAUUAUUGAGAGACACAAUAUGCAUA